AUGACGACGACGACGAUGCGCGCGACGACCGCGCGCGUGGGGAUGGUGCGAUCGGCCACGCGCGGACUCGGCGGUGGAGACCGACGUCGAGGACGCGAUGGGACGACCGCGCGGAGCGAACCGAAGAAACUGUGGGGCGGACGAUUCAGCGAGCGGCAAGAUCCGCGCAUGGAGAAGUUUAAUGAAUCGCUCUCGUUCGACCGGAAGAUGUGGCGGGAGGACGUGGAGGGGUCGAUCGGGUACGUCGGGGCGCUCGCGCGGGCGGGCGUGGUGACGGCGAGCGAGCGGGACGCCGUCGUGAAGGGAUUGAAGGCGGUUGGGGAGGAGUGGGCGGCCGGGACGUUUGAACCGAAGGAUGGUGAUGAAGAUAUACACACGGCGAACGAGCGUCGGUUGACGGAGCUCAUCGGGGACGUCGCGGGGAAGUUGCACACGGGACGGUCGAGGAACGACCAAGUGGCGACGGAUACGCGGAUGUGGCUUCGAGCGCAGCUCGUAGAGCUCCGAGGACACUUGCGAACGCUCAUCGAGAUCGCGGUUGAUCGCGCCGAGCGUGAGGUGGACGUGGUCAUGCCUGGAUUCACGCACUUGCAGAGCGCGCAAACCGUGCGGUGGUCGCACUGGCUCUUGUCGCACGCGGCGGCGUGGCAGCGGGACGACCAGCGUCUCGGAGAUUUGAUCAAGCGCGUGAACGUCAUGCCCUUGGGCUCGGGGGCACUCGCGGGGAAUCCGUUCGGGAUCGAUCGUCAGCAGUUGGCGCGAGAUUUGGGUUUCGACGACGUCUGUCCAAACUCCAUGGAUGCCGUGAGCGAUCGAGACUACAUCGCCGAGACGAGCUUCUGGGCCUCCAUGACGGCCACGCACCUCUCUAGAUGGAGCGAGGACUUAAUCGUGUACUGCUCGCAGCAGUUCGGUAUGGUGAAAUGCUCUGAUGCGUACUCCACCGGGUCGUCGCUCAUGCCGCAGAAGAAGAACCCAGACGCGCUCGAGCUUUUGCGCGGGAAGAGCGGGACGCAAAUUGGUUCCCUCAUGGCCGUGCUGGCCACCAUCAAGGGUACGCCCACGACUUACAACAAGGAUCUUCAAGAGGUCUGGCACUCGAUGUACUACACCGUGGACAACAUGAGCGACUCGCUGCAGAUUGCCGCCGGGUGCCUGGCGACGCUUAAGAUUUUUCCCGACGCCAUGGAGUCCGGUUUGUGUGCCGAGAUGCUCGCGACGGACCUCGCCGAGUACCUCGUUCGCAAAGGUGUGCCGUUCCGCGAGACCCACCACAUCUCCGGCGCCGCCGUCAAGCUCAGCGAAGAGCGUGGCGUGCCGCUCUCCACGCUCACUCUCGAGGACCUCAAGCCCCUCUGCCCGGCUUUCGAACCCGACGUCGCCGAGGUCUGGUCCUACGAAAAGUCUGCCGAAUCCAGAGACACCGAGGGCGGUACCUCUCGCAGAAGCGUUCUCGAGCAGUGUCAAAAGCUUCGCGCCUACCUCGCCUCGAAUUAA